CAGGCCCAAAGCAGAGCUCUCCACUGGAGUCACUGAGUCUCCUUUGAACCGCAAGUGAACUCCAGGGCUGCGCUCCCAACCCAGCUUCGCUGUUGCUGCUGCCCCCCGCUGCUGCAGGUACCUGCAUCUUUAGCAGUUCGGAGCUGGCUUCUGUUUUCCGUUAGUGCUUUGCUGCAGGGACAAAUGCAUACAAAUGCAUUUAGGAGCCUACAGGACAAGGCAUGGAAAGGUCUCCCCCGCCACAAAAACGAAACUGCUUCUUCGUUUUAUUGUACUAUGUGCGGCGUGCGUUACUGUUCAUGCACAGGGACAAGGCAUAGAUAUUCUUCAUCGACUAGGCCUUGGAGGCAAAGAUGUAAGAUACACAUCCCCAGUUACUGCUGUGCUGCUGUCACCCACACCAUUACCUCAGAGGGUCCAGUUAACAGAAUUUGGUGUCACUUUAAAAAAUAAUGCCUACAUCGAGUCACCUCUCAUGAACAUUUUACCAGUUAGCUUAAGACCGCCACUGACCAUAUUGAUUGGGUUGCAGUCACAUAAAAUGAACAAUGCAUUUCUCUUCAGCAUUCGAAAUAACAACAGGCUGCAAUUAGGAGUGCAGUUGCUGCCUAAGAAACUGAUAGUGCAUGUUGGAGGAAAGCAAUCGGUGGUUUUCAACUACAGCGUCCAUGAUGAGCGAUGGCACUCGCUUGCCAUCACUGUUAGAGACCGAGUUGUCUCCAUGUUCUUCGAAUGUGGAAAGAGAUAUUUUAGCGGAGAGACUGCUUCAGAGGUUCAGACCUUUGACUCUCACAGUGUGUUCACCUUGGGAAGUAUGUAUAAUAAUUCUGUCCACUUUGAAGGGACAGUGUGUCAGCUGGAUAUCAUUCCUUCCACAGCAGUGUCUGCAGACUAUUGCAGAUACAUGAAACAGCAGUGCCCCCGAGCAGACAUGUCCCAAGCUGAAACAAGCCUUCCUCAUGUGGCAAUAAUGCCAACCAGACACCCUGAGCACACACCCUUACCCAAAGGAUUUGAAUUACCAAAAGAGGCAUUCACGGAUCACACUCCUUUGCCCAAAGGAUUUGGUAAAACAGAAUUGCCACAGAAGACAUUCUCUGAUGGCAAAGAUAUUCCAAAUAUCAGAAAUAACAAUUCUUCCACAGUACAGGGAAGCCAAGAGUACCAGACAUCAUGGUCCCACCUAACUUCUUUCCGUUCAGAAAACGCCUCAGCUGUGACUCUCCCAAACUACAGACUUCAAGCUCAAGAAAUCAUCAACAAGGAAGAGGUCAAUUUAAACCCGCCGGUGUCUCAUCAUCACCACAGUGAGGCAAGAAUAAAUACAGAGAAGAAAUUUAGUCCCCCUUUAGAUGGAGCAGACAACAUCACCCAACACGAUGAGGAAGCAGCUGACCGGCCCCUGCCUAAGCAAGCAUCACCUAGCAUGGCACACACAAAUCAAGAGGCCAUGACUAAUCUCAACAAAAAUAUCACAGCAAAUCUACACACCAAUGACCUCAUGGAAAGGGAACAGAUUUUAAACACCUCCCUGUAUAGAGUGAAGCUUGGGCCCUCUAUGGAUAACCACCUUGAACUAAGGAAGGAAGGGGAAUUUCACCCUGAUGCUACUUAUACCAUCGACCAUAGCUAUGAAGCCCAGCCUUAUGAUUAUUAUUAUUAUGAGGAUUAUAGUGAAAUGCUUGGUGUGGAGUAUCUGAGAGGGCCAAAAGGGGACACUGGACCUCCCGGUCCCCCUGGUCCCAUGGGUAUCCCGGGUCCAUCAGGCAAAAGAGGCCCACGGGGCAUUCCGGGACCACAUGGAAAUCCUGGGUUACCUGGAUUCCCAGGUCCAAAGGGCCCCAAAGGAGAUCCCGGGUUCUCGCCGGGCCAAGCUGCUUCUGGAGAAAAGGGUGACCAUGGUAUUUUUGGAUUAGUGGGCCCCCCUGGUUUACAAGGUGAAAAGGGUCCCAAAGGACAUCCAGGGCUCCCUGGCCUCCGUGGGGAACAAGGAGUUCCAGGACUCGCUGGUAAUCUUGGCUCACCUGGCUACCCUGGCAGGCAGGGUUUAGCUGGACCGGAAGGGAACCCAGGCCCUAAAGGUGUCCGAGGUUUCAUUGGCUCUCCUGGAGAAGCAGGACAGAUGGGACCUGAAGGAGAAAGGGGCAUUCCGGGGAUGCGUGGGAAGAAGGGUCCAAAGGGAAGACAGGGCUUUCCGGGUGACUUUGGAGACAGGGGCCCUGCUGGUCUGGAUGGUAGCCCUGGGCUUGUAGGUGGCACUGGGCCUCCUGGAUUUCCUGGUAUUAGAGGAAGUGUUGGUCCUGCAGGACCGAUUGGACCCCCGGGAGCUCCUGGCCCAAUGGGCCUCUCAGGAAAUAGAGGACCACCUGGAAUCAAAGGUGAUAAGGGUGAGCAAGGAUUGACGGGAGAGCCAGGAGAACCUGGGUAUCCUGGAGACAAGGGCACCAUCGGGUCACCAGGACCUCCAGGGAUAAGAGGAAAGUCAGGACCUUCAGGACAACCAGGUGACCCAGGACCCCAGGGACCAGCUGGACCUCCAGGACCAGAGGGUUUUCCAGGAGAUAUUGGGGUUCCUGGACAAAAUGGACCUGAAGGACCAAAGGGUGAGCUUGGAAGCAGAGGGCCCCCUGGGCCUCCAGGACUCAAAGGAACCCAGGGAGAAGAAGGACCAGUUGGACCCUUUGGAGAACUAGGACCAAGGGGAAAACCAGGGCAAAAAGGGAAUAUGGGGGAACCAGGGCCAGAAGGCUUAAAGGGAGAAGUAGGAGACCAAGGAGAUAUUGGGAAAACUGGCGAAACAGGACCUGUUGGUUUACCCGGAGAAGUAGGAAUAACUGGAAGCAUGGGUGAAAAGGGAGAACGUGGAAGUCCAGGCCCAGUUGGUCCUCAGGGGGAAAAGGGUGUCAUGGGCUACCCAGGUCCUCCCGGGGCUCCAGGACCCAUGGGCCCACUGGGAUUACCUGGUCUUGUUGGGGCAAGAGGAGCACCUGGGAGCCCGGGUCCUAAAGGACAAAGGGGACCCAGAGGACCAGAUGGCCUUCCAGGGGAUCAAGGUGGACAUGGUGCCAAGGGUGAAAAAGGAAAUCAAGGCAAAAGAGGGUCUCCGGGUCUUUCCGGAAAGACUGGAAGCCCAGGGGAGAAGGGAGAUCAAGGAAACCCAGGCUUACAAGGACUCCCUGGCAGCCCAGGAGACAGGGGGCCUGGCGGAGAACCAGGACCUCGAGGACCACCUGGCAAUGCUGGACUUCCUGGAGAGAUGGGUGUGGAGGGACUUCCAGGCACUGAGGGAGAAUCUGGCCUCCAAGGCGAACCAGGCGCUAAGGGAGAUACUGGACCUACCGGCAGCACCGGAGCAACUGGGGAGCCAGGGUCCCGUGGAGAACCAGGAGCUCCUGGAGAAGAAGGUCUCCAAGGAAAAGACGGAUUGAAGGGGGCUCCAGGAGGAAGUGGACUCCCUGGAGAGGAUGGAGACAAAGGAGAGAUGGGCUCACCAGGAACAACGGGGCCUUGGGGUAGAGCGGGUCAAAUGGGUCUUCCAGGGCCAGAUGGAAUUGUGGGAGCCCCAGGACAAAGAGGUCGGCCAGGGAAAAAGGGUGAUAAAGGACAAACAGGACCCGUGGGAGAAGUUGGAAGCCGAGGCGCCCCUGGAAAAGCUGGAGAGAGUGGUCCUAAGGGCGCCAGAGGAACAAGAGGUGCUGUGGGUCCAUUAGGAUUGAUGGGACCUGAUGGAGAACCAGGAAUACCAGGAUACAGAGGCCAUCAAGGUCCACCAGGACCCUCUGGAUUGCCAGGACCUAAAGGAGAAAAGGGCUACCCAGGAGAAGACAGCAAAGUCCUAGGACCUCCCGGGCCUCGAGGUGAACCAGGCCCAAUGGGGGAACAAGGAGACAGAGGAGAGCAUGGUGACGAAGGCUAUAAGGGCCAUAUGGGUGUGCCAGGACUCCGAGGUGCCACUGGACAACAAGGGCCCCCAGGUGAACCGGGCGACCAGGGUGGACCAGGACUAAAGGGAGAGAGAGGAUCUGAAGGUCCUAAGGGGAAAAAAGGAGUUCCUGGUCCUUCUGGGAAACCUGGCAUCCCUGGACUUCCAGGUCUUCCCGGGCCAAAAGGCUUGCAAGGAUACCAUGGAGCAGACGGGAUGUCAGGAAACCCUGGGAAGCCUGGGCACCUUGGAAAACUAGGACUUCCUGGUGUCACAGGCAUCCCAGGAAGACCAGGAUUGGCUGGAUCCCCAGGUCCUCAAGGAAGAAAGGGCUUACCAGGCCCACCAGGAAGCCCUGGUGUUCCGGGCACAAAGGGUGAACAAGGGCUACCUGGUCAACCUGGAAUUCCAGGUCAAAGAGGUCAACGAGGAGCACAAGGUGACCAAGGACGACAUGGAGAGCCUGGCCUGAAAGGGCAGCCUGGGGAACACGGUGAUCAAGGAUUGACAGGAUUCCAAGGAUUCCCAGGCCCCAGAGGUCCAGAGGGGGAUGCUGGUAUUGCUGGAAUUGCAGGCCCUAAAGGUCCCACUGGGCAGAGAGGAAACACUGGCCCUCUCGGCAGAGAAGGUAUAAUAGGCCCAACAGGUGAAACUGGACCCAGAGGUGAAAAAGGCUUUAGAGGUGAAACUGGCCCCCAAGGACCAAGAGGUCAGCCAGGACCUCCUGGUCCUCCAGGAGCACCUGGUCCGAGAAGACAAAUGGAUAUCCAUGCUGCUAUUCAGGCCCUGGUUGCAUCAAAUUCUGCCCUGCAGAUGGAGAGUUACCAGAAUACUGAGGUGACUUUAAUCAACCACAGUACAGAGAUUUUCAAAACCCUGACCUACCUUAGCAGUUUACUGAGCAGCAUGAAGAACCCCCUUGGUACACGAGAUAACCCAGCACGGAUCUGCAAGGAUUUGCUCAGCUGCGAGUACAAGCUUUCAGAUGGAAAAUACUGGAUUGAUCCAAAUCUUGGGUGCUCUUCAGAUGCCUUUGAGGUGUUCUGCAAUUUUAGUGCUGGUGGCCAAACAUGUUUAUCUCCUGUUUCUGUGACGAAGCUGGCGUUUGGCGUAGGCAAAGUGCAGAUGAACUUCCUUCAUUUACUGAGCGCAGAAGCCACCCACGUCAUCACCAUCCACUGUCUCAGCACGCAGGCAGCUGGCCCAGGAUUGCCUGUUAGUUUCAAAGGAUGGAACGGUCAGAUUUUUGAAGAAAACACUCUACUUGAACCUAAAGUCCUCUCAGAUGACUGCAAGAUUCAGGAUGGCAGCUGGCACAAGGCACAAUUCCUUUUUCACACCCAGAAUCCUAAUCAGCUUCCUGUGAUUGAAGUGCAAAACCCUCCUCAUCUGGGAACCCAGCGAAAGCUCCACAUUGAAAGCAGCUCUGUGUGCUUUCUCUAAAGCCUCUGGCUUAGGGCUGAAACCACGCUGUGGGUCAGGUGAUUGGUGCAGAGGGGGAAAUGCAAACAGAACCGUGUGUGGUUAUGAAAUGUGGGGGGGAAUGGAACAGUGGCUAAAUCUUAAGAAAUCUCAGGAAGAAAAGAUUUCCUCCCAAGGAGAAACGGCGUUUUUAAAGGACGAUGAUUGAUAGCGUAUUUAAUUCUCUUAAUUUUUUUUAUUGAUCUGAAUUUUCAUCAAGAAUUCCCUAGAACUGAAAAUGUAUAAACUUGGGACUCUUAAGGGUGCCCUAAGCUUUCACCCCGUUAGACAGCUGGAGCUGCGGGGCACCGCGGAGCAGUACUGGAUAGUGCAAGCGGUGCAACGUUUCUGUCUAAAAACGUGCGAGCCACUGGCUGUGGCUCCCUAUCUUCCCAAACACUAAGCUGUAUUCAGGUCCCCAUGGGCAUAAAAUCUUAGCGGGUGUACACUACCUCUUCCAUGUUGCCUUUUUUGUGUUGCUUGGUGCUGUUUCUCAAAACAGGGUGCUGUGGCUGUCUGUCAUAGACUAUUUUAUUUCUUUCUUCAUCUUCGUCAUUAAGAGUGUAUGUACUGGUUACAUCAAAAUAUGUCUCAAUUGUUAAUACUUAUUUCCAUUUGUUUGGUCCCAUGCCUAAUAACAAGUUAAAGCUAUUUAUGCAAAGUCCUUAUUUUAUUUUAAAAUUCUUUUUAUGCACACGGAAUCAAAGCCAGCAAGUUGUAACUCAUGUCUACGCACAAGAGAAUUGGGGUGUUUGUUUUGUUUUUUGUUUUCUUCUUUAAAUUGCUGUAAAAAGUACCUUAUGCCACCUAUAUCCAGUGGUGGGUUUGGGUUAGAAACUGGGGUUUAUAAUAUACUGUUUUAAAACUCCAAGAUCAUCCGGAAUGAUACUUUGUAUAUAUAUAAAUAUUGUGUAAAGUUUUAGUUCAGCCAAUCUUUUGAAAAUUGCUGCUGUUUUAAAUUAUAAAACUAUAUUUAUGCUUUAUAGAAAAUACUUGCUUUGUAGUACUUACUGAUUUUUCUUUCACUGUUCUUAAACAUAAUGUUAGUGCUUAAAGGAAUUUUAUAGUCUUUAAUGCAGCAUCAUGCAUUGAGAAGAGUCUUUCUCUACUAAAACUAAGCUCUGCCCAGUUGAUCUUUUCUUCUUGUCAGAGAAAUGCUAGCUCAAUAUUAAAAGAAAAAGAUUAUAACUCUUGCUGUAUGGACGAGCC